CCUGAACAGAAAAUAUUGUUAUCAUGAAGUCUGAACAACAGAGAUAAUUUCCAAAGUGCCAGCGAAAAAUCAAAAAUUCAAAAAGGUCGCGAAUACAUGAAUGUAUAAGUAGGAUAAAAAUUCAAAAUCAACAAAUUUUGAACUUCUUUUGUAUCCAUCAAUAAAGCUCUUGAUAGAAAAACUAUGGAUUUUGUUAAUGAAUUAUGGAAAUCGGUGCUUACACCAGGUACCUCACCAGCUUUGAUAUUGGCUACUCAUCUUACAUUUGCAUCAUUAGUUAUCACUUUGUCUUUUUUUGCACUUUACUCAAAAUCAAUACAUUUAAUCAACUUAUUAGUUAUAUCAAUUUUAUUAUGGAUUACAUUAACAUGGUUUAUUAAUGAAAUCAAUAGUCUGGAAAAGUCUGACUUGAAAGAUAACAAUGAGUUGGCUGAAGAAAAAACUGAUACUGAAACCAAAAAUCAAGCGGUUGAAUCAAAAUCAUCAAGUUCCGAACCAAAGAAAGUUAUACAACCAGUUCAAAGAAAAUCUAAAAAAAUAUGAUUUCACUACAGCAUUAUAACAAUUCAUUAUUCAUUAGCCAUUGUUUUUUUCGUGUUUUUCUAGUUUCAUACCUAUAGACAAGAAUAAAUUGUUGUUGAUUAAAUUAUUUGCCAUAAUGUGCCAUUAUUUUCUUAUCCUCAUUUAAUUAUCAGUUCUCAUUAGUAUUAAAUUUUUCAUUAUAUCUUUACAGCCUUUCACCAUCCUUAUGUACUUCUCAAUCUUUCAAUUUCGUAUGUCUUCAUUUCCAAUUCUAGUUGUUUCCUAAACUCUUCAACAUCUUCAUCCAUUUCAGAAUCAUCUGCCUCUGAUUUAUUGGGUAUUAAAGUUGUUGACUUUGAUUGAACAUCUAUUGAAUCUCUUGGUGAUUGUGGUUUUGAUCUUGGUUUUAAAUAUUUCUCCGAGCUAGAACUGUUCAUGCCUGAGAAAAAUUUU